CAGAGUACAGAGGCUGCAGACAGCUUCACAGCACUGCACUCAACCCACUGCGUCACAGGGGAGGCGCAACACUUGGAAUUCUUUAAGGGAUGAAAAAGAUAAAGGUGUCUUUUGUUAUGUUAAUGAGAUGACUUUGGACCCCAAUCUUCAGAUGGUGACUAAGUUUCCAGCAGAGCUAGGACUUUUCUUUCCUCCUUUAGGCAUCAGGGGUGAGAGGCAUGUGUGGAGACUGAAUCAAGAGCUGAGGAUCAUAUCAGUAAUGACUGUGUUAUAAAACUGCCACACAAAAAAAGCAAGAAAAUGGAAGGAGUUCAGAGAGCUUCCUGGUCGGUGAGCACAUGGAGAUCCAGGGAGAAGGGCAUGCUCGCAGAGAGUGUGGCCCCUCCCCACACCUUGCCCUGUGUGUUUCUUCCAUCUCUCCCCGAAUCAUGCCUUUUUAUAAUAAACCAGUAAUCUAUUAAGUGACAUGUUUCUCUCUGUGAACUAUUCUAGCAAACUAAUUGAAUCCAAGGAAGGAAGGAGUUUUAGAAACUGAUUUUGAGCCAGUUGCUCAGAGGUACAGGAAAACGACCUGGACUGGGAUUGGCAUCCUGAGUCAGAGGGGUUGUUGGAGUCUCCAAUUCAUAGAUGGUGGAUCAGAAGCACAGAAAAAUAUGCCUUUUAGUGAGGAGCUAAUAUUGUCAACCCCAGAGGGGAAGCCCAGAAGAGCUGGUCAAUGUUUAGAGACAAGAAUAAAGGAAGCCCUUAUCUAGACUUCUUAUACAUCACUCUACAAAGAGAUCAACAUCUGAAAGGAGACCUGAAGAUGAGAAGGGAUCACAAAAAUAUCCAAGAGAAAAGAAAGAAGUAUUAAGUGUGUGACGGUGUGACAAAUGCAAAGAAAAAAAGAAUAUAUGGCCCCCAAGCUACCAAGGAUAAGUACCACUGCCCCACAGGAUGUGGCUGAAUGUCAAUGAAAAAGCAAACGGCCAAGUGUAAUCACAUCAACGUGAGGUUUGAAAGAGCCAAUAGACUGAGAUCAUACUUUUCUGAAAACCAUCUUCACAACGACUUUUUCCCAAAUGUCAAACAGCAAAGUCUAGAGCCCAGGGGAAAAAAAUUGUGAAUUAUUUUCUUCUAAAUAAGGCGAUCAGUGGAGUAACUGUGUUUCUAGAUUCUAGAUUCCUUGCUUUUAAUUUCUCAAAGGGGAAAUGAGAAAGAGAGAGAUAAGUGUGUGUCAUCAAACUUGGGCAUUACUCUGCAAGAACUUUUUGAAAAAAUGGAGAAAGAAAAGAGAGCUUUUCACAGAAUGGUUCUUCACGUUGCUCCUACUGUUUAUUUUGUACUUAAUUCCCGGGAGUCAUCAUGUUAAUUAUUUUUCUCAGAGGCCAACCAUAGACCUGGGACAGGUAGAUUCAUUUAGUGACUCUGACUUUAUCAUUGCAUAUGCACCUCUGGACAAAACAACCAGACAGAUAAUGGCUAAAGCAGCCUCAGCCUCCUUCAUCAAAGGUGAACAAAUCGUGGGAUGCCCUGAUGAAGAAAGUAUGAAAGAAUUAUCAUCAUGCCAUGGUGGAGAAAGCAUUUCUCUCCAGCAUAGGGAAAUAGUAAGAGUCAUUUUUACUACGACACACGCUUAUCAUUUGAAAUUCUUGCUGGGAAGGAGAAUCCCGAUCAAGAAGGAACACAGUGACCACACAGCUCAUUGCUAUGAAACUUAUUACAAUGAUGAGUGUGAAGUUUCAAAAUUCUGGAAGAAAGGUUUCGUGGCUCUUCAAGCUGCCAUCAAUGCGGCCAUAAUAGAAAUCACGAUAAAUGACCCUGUGAUGGAGCAGUUGAUGUCAACGACUGGAAAAAUCAUGAAGAUAGACACCUUCAUUGUUCAAGGAGGAUCCAUAAUUGAUAUCUGCCUUUCCCUAUGUGUUAGUUCCUUUUCUCUAGUCAUCUAUUAUGUGUCUAUUAAUGUCACAAAAGAGAGGAAGAAGAUGAAGAGCUUGAUGACCAUGAUGGGUCUUCGAGAAUCAGCAUUCUGGCUCUCCUGGGGAUUGAUGUAUGCUGGCUUCAUCUUCAUUAUAGCUCUCUUAAUGGCACUUAUUUUAAAAUCUUCCCAGUUUGUCAUUCUGUCUGGCUUCACGGUGGUCUUCUCCCUCAUUCUCCUGUAUGGAUUGUCUUUGAUAGCUUUGGCGUUUCUAAUGAGCACGUUGGUAAAGAAAGCUUUCAUCACUGGGCUGACUGUGCUCCUCCUCAAUAUCUUCUGGGGGAAUCUGGGAUUGUUGGCAUUGAACAGACAGCUACCCACAUCCUUGGAGUGGAUUUUAAGUUUUCUUAGCCCCUUUGCCUUCAUGCUUGGAAUGUCCCAGCUUAUACACCUCGACUAUGAUUUGAAUUCAAAUGCACUUUUUACCCUGGACUUCUCAAAUGAAAUCAUAGCCACCCACUUCAUCCUGGUUUUUGAUAUUUUCCUCUAUCUGGCUUUGGCAAUUUAUUUUGAGAAAGUUUUGCCAAAUGAGUAUGGACACCAGUAUCCACCCUUGUUCUUCCUGAAGUCCUCAUUUUGGUCACAGAAACAAAAACUUGGUCAUGUGAACCUUGAAGAUGAAAUAGAUCUCUAUUGUUUAUCCAGUGACUUCUUUGAACCAAUACCUCCAGAAUUCCAUGGGAAAGAAGCCAUCAGAAUCAGAAAUGUUACAAAAGAAUAUAAAAAGAAACAUGAUAAAAUAGAAGUCUUGAAAGAUAUGGUAUUUGACAUAUAUGAAGGCCAAAUCACUGCAAUACUUGGUCACAGUGGAGCUGGAAAAUCAACUUUAUUAAAUAUUCUUAGUGGCUUGUCUAUUCCCACCAAAGGUUCAGUCACUAUCUAUAAUAACAAACUUUCCAAAAUGGCUGACCAAGAAAAUAUCAGCAAGUUCAUUGGACUUUGUCCACAAUCCAAUGUGCAAUUCGAUUUCCUCACAGUGAGAGAAAAUCUCAGGUUGUUUGCUAAAAUAAAAGGGAUUCAGUCACAUGAAGUGGAUAAAGAGAUACAAAGAGUUUUGCUGGAAUUGAAAAUGACAAAUAUUAAGAACACCCUUGCUCAAAACUUAAGUGGUGGACAGAAAAGGAAACUUACUUUGGGAAUUGCCAUUUUAGGAGAUCCGCAGAUUUUCCUAUUGGAUGAACCAACUGCUGGAUUGGAUCCCUAUUCAAGGCAUCAAGUUUGGAAUCUCUUGAAGAAGUGGAAAACAGACCGAGUAAUCCUCUUCAGUACCCACUUCAUGGACGAGGCUGAUAUCCUGGCUGAUAGGAAAGUGUUUCUCUCCAAAGGGCAGCUGAAAUGUGCAGGCUCAUCUCUGUUUCUAAAGAAGAAAUGGGGGAUUGGAUAUCACUUAAGUUUACAGUUGAAUGAAAUGUGCAUGGAGGGAAAAAUCACAUCACUUAUUAAACAGCACAUUCCUGAUGCCAAAUUAUCAGCAGCAAGUGAAGGAAAACUUGUGUAUACAUUGCCCCUAGAAAGAACAAACAGAUUUCCAGAACUUUUUCAGAAUCUCGAAAGUUAUCCUAACCUGGGAAUUGAGAAUUAUGGUGUUUCCAUGACAACCUUGAAUGAGGUGUUCCUGAAACUAGAAGGAAAAUCAGAAGAAAGAAAACAAGCUGGAGACCCCGAAAGACUGGUAAAGAUAGAACAAAUUCUGUCUUCACUUAAUGAGAUGAAAAAGACCAUAGGUGGCAUGGCCCUUUGGAGACAGCAGAUCUGGUCAGUCGCAAAGGUUCGCUUCCUAAAGUUAAAACACGAAAGAAGAGCUCGUAUAGUAUUGACACUGAUUCUAGCAAUUGGACUUUGCUCUUUUCUUUUGAAGUAUAUCACAGUGAAAGUCUAUCAAAGCAGUUACGUUUGGGAACUUUCUCUUCAUUCAUAUUUCCUUGCUCCUGGACAACCACCACGUGAUCCUCUCACUAAAUUAUUAAUCAUCAAUAAUGCAGGAGCAAGCAUUGAUGAUUUUAUACAUUCUGUGGAGCGUCAGAACAUAGCUUUGGAUGUAGAUGAAUAUGGAAAUAAAAAUGGUGUAGAUGACCUAUCUUAUAAUGGAGCCAUCAUAGUAUCUGGUAAUGAAAAGAAUUACAGCUUUUCAUUAGUGUGCAAUGCCAAGAGACUGAACUGCUUCCCAGUUCUUAUGGAUAUUGUUAGCAAUGGGCUAGUGGGAAUGGUUAAACAAUCUGACCAUAUCCAGACUUACAGAAGUACAUUUUGGGGGGAGCAAAAGGACAUGUGGUUUCCACACAAUCUCCUAAUGGAUAUAUUCCCGCUCUUAUGGCACCACCCCGGGUGGUUUGUAUCCCCACUCAUCGAGCUUGUAUUCCCGCUCAUAUGGUUUGGACUGCUCUGGUACCUGUUGGCACCCAUAGUUGCCCCUACUAUUGCCUUGAGCAGCAUUGAUGAUUUUAAGAUCAAGGUCCAUUCCCAACUACGGAUUUCGGGGCUCUUCCCUUCAGCUUACUGGUUUGGGCAGGCACUGGUAGAUGUGCCAAUAUACUGUUUGAUGUUCCUUUUUAUGUAUUUAAUGGAAUACAGUUUGGAUCAUCAUGAGAAUCUUACACAUGUAAAUAAGAAUAUACAAAUUCCCUGUUCUAUUGGUUAUGCCAUAUCACUUAUCUUCUUGACAUAUGUGAUUGCAUUUAUUUUCCGCAAGGGGAGAAAAAAUAGUGGCAUUUGGUCACUUUGCUUCCUUGUUAUAACCGGUUUCUCUGUGUUUGUAAUUAUGUUGGCUAGAGAUGCAUUUGGAUAUAACACAGUGUACAUCACAUUUUUAAUCCCACUGUCUGCAUUAAUUUUACCUUUUUUCAUGUAUGAACCACGUCCUAGUCUACUUUCUGAAGAAAUAAUGAGGACUGCUGAGCCCUUUCUGAUAGUCCUAAUACCUUUUCUGAAUUUUAUCAUAUUUGUUUUUAUUCUGCGAUGUCUGGAAUGGAAGUUUGGGAAGAAAUUAAUGAGAAAGGAUCCCAUCUUCAGAAUUUCUCCAAGAAACAAUGGUGUGUGUCAAAAUCCAGAAGACCCAGAAGGAGAGGAUGAAGAUGUCCAGAUGGAAAGAGAGAGAACAGCAAGUGCCUUGAGUUCCAUAAACUCUGAUGAGAAACCCGUCAUCAUUGCCAGCUGUCUGCGAAAGGAGUACAGAAGGAGGAGGAAGUGCUGCCUUUUCAAGAAGAAGAUAAUAGCCACAAGAAAUGUCUCUUUCUGUGUUAGAAAAGGUGAGGUGUUAGGAUUACUGGGACACAAUGGAGCUGGUAAAAGUACCUCCAUUAAGCUGAUAACUGGAGACACCCAACCGACUGCUGGACAGGUGUUGCUUAAAGGCUGCAGUGGCACGGAGCCCCUGGGGUUCCUGGGGUACUGCCCUCAGGAAAACACGCUGUGGCCCAACCUGACGGUCAGGGAGCACCUGGAGGUGUUCGCCUCUGUGAAAGGGCUAAGGAAGGCAGACACCACUGUGGCCAUCGCCAGGUUGGUGGAGGUGUUCAAGAUGCAGGAGGAGCUGAAGCUUCCUGUGAAGAACUUAUCCGAGGGGAUAAAGAGAAAGCUGUGCUUUGCACUGAGCAUCCUGGGAAACCCAUCAGUGGUGCUUCUGGACGAGCCAUCCAUGGGGAUGGACCCCAAGGGGCAGCAGCAAGUGUGGCAGGCCAUCUGUGCCACCCUUAAGAACACGGAGAGGGGCGUCCUCCUGACCACACAUAACAUGGCAGAGGCUGAGGCUGUGUGUGACCGUGUGGCCAUCAUGGUGUCUGGAAGGCUGAGCUGCAUUGGUUCCAUCCAAUACCUGAAAAGCAAAUUUGGCAAGGAUUAUCUGCUGGAGAUGAAGGUGAAGACCCCCGAGCACGGGAAGACCCUCCAUGCUGAAAUUCUAAGACUUUUCCCCCAGGCUGUUCAGCAGGAAAGAUACUCAUGUCUCAUGGCCUAUAAGUUGCCGAUGGAAGGCGUUAAACCUUUGGCCCAAGCUUUCUUCAAGUUGGAGACAGUGAAGCAGAGCUUCGACCUGGAGGAGUACAGCCUCUCGCAGUCCACGCUGGAAGAGGUGUUCCUGGAGCUCUCCAAGGAGCAGAAGCUAGAUGAAGAACUUCACCCCUCAGUGAAGUGGAAGCAUCUCGCACAAGAAUAGCCUUGAAGCCCUAAAUACCCUGUUUCUACUUAAGCCUGUGUUUCUUUUUUAAAAAGACAUUUAUUUUAUAGCCUCCAUGUCAUAUCUUUAGAAACUAUUGCAAACACACAUGGUUCUUCAUGUGGUGGAGAGGGGGCGUGAGGGCAGGGCAAAAGCAGUGAUUAUGUGCAAGGAGGCACUUGGCUGAGCCCACUUCCUAGUCACAGACUCCUAAUCUCUGCAGGUCGCUGUUAUUUCAUUUUUCUUUCUGAUGCUGAGCAAGUCAGUUUCCUUUUAUAAGAUUGAUUAAGUUCCUGGGUAUAAUUUAUUUUUUUUAUCAAAACCUUAAACACUUUUUUCUAACCUAGACUGUGGAAGUCCAUAUAUUUACUCUUUUGCAAGGCUGAUACUUUGUAAAGCUGAUGUUUUAGUAAGAGUUUAAGUUACCAUGUUGAAAAGUAUGAUACUUUUAAUGUGUAACAUUUUGAUGGGUUUUCUGACAGUAGUUAUAUCAUUUCAUGUCAAUAUAUUUGAUAGCAUAUCCAUUAUAAAUAUUAAUAAUAUAGCUAUAGUCCAGAGAACUUCAAAAUUUGCCUUUAGGAAUCUAUUAUUUUUUUAUUUCAGUAAACCAAUAGAGUCCCUAUUUUAUUUAUUUUAAAAUCUAGUCUUUAGAGAUGCUAUAUUAUAACUGAUGUUUUAUGAAUAUUUGCCACUUGGUCUCAGGAAGUUAAUAAAUGGAACAGGUCAAAUGACCAAGUAGGUAGAAAACUACAUAAUAAAUUUCAUAUAUACCUAUAUUGGAAAUAUUUUUUCCAUUUUAUGGAUUUUGUGAGUCCUUUUCUUAACUCAUUGGCCUCCUAUCUGCAAGUUCAUUGACAUAAAAAUUUUCUAAUAUAAGCAGAAAUAUAAUAAGUGGAUAAGCGUAUAAGCAGUGUUUCAGUGUGUAUAUACCACAUCUUGAUGCAUUCAUCUGCUUUUGGCUAUUGUAAAUGAUGUUACAAUAAAUAUGAG